GCCACACUCGUGGGAAGCAGCUGGAGGUGCGGGUGGCUGGCAGCGUGUGGUGUGGGAGGGGGGCAAGGUGAAGCGGCCCCUCCCCCUGCCCAGCUCCGGUAGGGAGACCGGAGCAGCCGGAUUUUCCGCACCCGGGAGGGAGAUGCAGCCGCAGCCCUGGCUGCUUGCAGAUUUCUAACCAGCACAAUGCUAGAGCCAGAGGCUGACAGCCUGCAGUUUUCAGAAUGGCCAAUUUGGAGGCCGAUUUGGAUCACAUCAUUCCAUCUUCUGUUCUUCCUCCUUUCAGGGCUAAGUUAGUAGUGGGAUUUGUUUCCCUCGUAUGUUUUGCACGUAGCUAUGAUGGAGAUUUUGUCUUUGAUGACUCUGAAGCUAUUGUUAACAAUAAGGAUCUCCAAGCAGAAACACCCCUUGGAGACCUAUGGUAUCAUGACUUCUGGGGCAGUAGGCUGAGCAGCAAUACCAGCCACAAGUCCUACCGACCUCUCACCGUCCUGACUUUCAGGAUUAACUACUGUUUGUCCGGAGGCUUCCACCCCAUGAGUUUCCACAUGGUGAACAUCCUUCUGCACAGUGGCAUCUCUGUCCUCAUGGUUGAUGUCUUCUCAGUGCUAUUUGGUGGCCUGCAGUACAGCAGUAAAGGCCAGAGGUUGAACCUGGCUCCCAGAUCAUCCCUGCUGGCUGCACUGCUAUUUGCAGUGCAUCCGGUACACACUGAGUGUGUUGCUGGUGUUGUUGGCCGUGCAGACCUCCUGGGUGCCCUCUUCUUUCUGUUAUCCUUCCUGGGCUACUGUAAAGCAUUUAGAGAAAGUAAUAAGGAAGGAGCACAUUCUACAUUCUGGGUGUUGCUGAGUAUCCUUCUGGGAGCUGUGGCUAUGCUGUGCAAAGAGCAAGGGAUCACUGUGCUGGGUUUAAAUGCAGUCUUUGACAUCUUGGUGAUAGGCAAAUUAAAUGUUCUGGAAAUUGUCCAGAAGGUACUACAUAAGGACAAGUUAUUAGAGAACAUUGGCAUGCUCAGAAAUGGGGGCCUCCUCUUUAGAAUGACCCUCCUGGCCUUGGGGGGAGCAGGAGUGCUCUAUAUGCGCUGGAAAAUCAUGGGCACUGGACCGCCACCAUUCACCGAGGUGGACAACCCUGCCUCCUUUGCUGACAGCACGUUGGUCAGGGCCAUAAAUUAUAAUUACUACUAUUCAUUGAAUGCCUGGCUGCUGCUGUGCCCCUGGUGGCUGUGUUUUGAUUGGUCGAUGGGCUGCAUCCCUCUCAUUAAGUCAGUUGGUGACUGGAGGGUAAUUGCACUAGCAGCACUCUGGUUCUGCCUAAUUGGCCUAAUAUACCAAGCCCUAUGCUCUGAAGACAGUCACAAGAGAAGGGUCCUAACGUUGGGCCUGGGAUUCCUCAUUAUCCCAUUUCUUCCUGCAAGUAACUUGUUCUUCCGAGUGGGCUUUGUGGUGGCCGAGAGAGUUCUCUACCUCCCCAGUGCUGGGUACUGCAUACUGCUGACUUUCGGGUUUGGAGCUCUCAGUAAACAUACUAAGAAAAAGAAACUAAUCACUGCUCUCGUACUGGGAAUUAUGUUCAUAAACACGCUGAGGUGCAUGAUCCGCAGCGGCGAGUGGAGGAAUGAAGAGAAGCUUUUUCAAAGUGCCCUGUCUGUGUGUCCUCUCAAUGCUAAGGUUCACUACAAUGUUGGCAAAAACCUGGCUGAUAAAGGCAAUCAAACAGCUGCCAUCAGAUAUUACCGGGAAGCUGUGAGAUUAAAUCCCAAGUAUGUUCAUGCUAUGAAUAAUCUUGGAAAUAUUUUAAAAGAAAGGAACGAGCUACAGGAAGCAGAGGAGCUGCUGUCUUUGGCUGUACAAAUACAGCCAGACUUUGCUGCUGCAUGGAUGAAUUUAGGCAUAGUGCAGAACAGCCUGAAACGGUUUGAAGCUGCCGAGAGAAGUUACCGGACAGCAAUCAAACACAGACGGAAAUACCCAGAUUGUUACUACAACCUUGGGCGUUUAUAUGCAGAUCUAAAUCGCCACGUGGAUGCAUUGAAUGCCUGGAGAAAUGCUACUGUGCUGAAACCAGAGCACAGUUUGGCUUGGAACAACAUGAUCAUACUCCUCGAUAACACAGGUAAUUUAGCUCAAGCUGAAGCAGUGGGAAGAGAGGCACUGGAAUUAAUACCUAAUGAUCACUCUCUAAUGUUCUCCUUGGCAAACGUGCUGGGAAAGUCCCAGAAAUACAAGGAAUCUGAAGCAUUAUUCCUCAAAGCAAUUAAAGCUCAUCCAAAUGCUGCGAGUUACCAUGGCAAUUUAGCUGUGCUGUAUCAUCGUUGGGGACAUCUAGACUUGGCCAAAAAACACUAUGAAAUCUCUCUGCAGCUUGACCCCACUGCAUCAGGAACUAAGGAGAAUUAUGGUCUCCUAAGAAGAAAGCUGGAACAAAUGCAAAAGAAAGGCAUCUGAACCUUUUUCCUCCAUUUUUUGAGUUUGUGCGUGUGUAUGCAUGAAGCAUAUCACUAAUAUUAUGUGGUUACAUUUAAACAUUUAAAAGUCUUAAGUGUUUAUUUCAUUGUUUCUCUUCUGUGAAAACAAAGACAUGCAAAAAGAUUACAGCACCAGCAAUGUUCUCUUAAACACUUGAUGUGAUUUUUGCAUUGAAGUUGUAUUUUUUCAGACCACUUAAAUAUAAAUUCUAAAAUUCCCAGAAUGAAGUCUUUUUUAAUUAAAAAGAAAAAGAGAAAAAAAUUAUCUUAAGCAGCUAACAGUAGAAUUUACCCUGCAUUUGGGAUGUGAGCUGUGUUGUAUAAACUGGCACUAUUAAACAUCAACUUUGAACAAGAAA